AUGGUUCUACUGGACUGGCGGCGGCUCUGCCGCAAAAAGCGCAAAAUUCCGCAAGGCGGUGCCAUUCUGGAUCAGGUCAUUUCGCAGUCGGCCAACGCCUCCAAUCAGUGUCUGCUGUACAAGAUGGCCAACUACAAGCGCGGUGGCGAUCUGAUCGAUGCCUUCCAGGUCGGUGGACAGAAGGCCGUCGAGCAGCUGAUCCGCGAUCAGUUCGGUGUGUUCAUGUACAACGCCGGACGCGGUCAGGUUAUCAACCGGGCCGAGUAUCUCCGCUGGAAGUACAUGGAUAAUCAUGAGGUCGUCAUUCCGAUUGAGGCUUCCCUGUCACCGCACGAUCCGCUGGGCAAGUGGGUCGACCAUAAAGCCUGCUGGCAGAUGCAGUACCGUGGUCUUCUGGGAGAAAGCCUCCUGCAUGUGCUGAUCAUUUGCGACACGAAAAUCCACACGAAACUGGCCCGCAUUCUGCUGCGUGUUUUCCCGGAACAAUCGAUUGACGUCAUGGAAGGCGAGGAGUACCUGGGCGCUAGUGCACUCCACCUGGCGAUUGCCUACAGCAACAACGAGCUGGUGGGCGAUCUGAUCGAUGCCGGGGCGGAUGUGUCCCAGCGGGCCAUCGGACGCUUCUUCCUUCCGCGGGAUCAGCAGGGUUUGCGGCCGGUCAAGACGACCGACUACGAGGGUUUGGCCUAUCUAGGGGAGUAUCCCCUGGCGUGGGCCGCCUGCUGUGCGAAUGAAUCCGUUUAUAACCUUCUGUUGGAGUGCGGUGCCGAUCCGAAUGCGCAGGAUAGUUUCGGAAACAUGAUCCUUCACAUGGUUGUUGUGGGUGAUAAACUAGACAUGUUCGGCUACGCAUUACGCCAUCCAAAACUCCCGUGUAAAAAUGGAAUUGUAAACGAAGCGGGUUUAACCCCGCUCACCCUAGCUUGCCGGCUGGGUCGCGACGAAGUUUUUCGCGAAAUGUUAGAACUUUCCGCCCGUGAAUUCUGGCGCUACAGUAACAUCACCUGUUCCGGUUACCCACUGAACGCACUGGACACCCUGAUGCCGGAUGGCACAACCAACUGGAACUCGGCCCUGUUCAUCAUCCUUAACGGAACCAAGGAGGAACACCUGAACAUGCUGGACGGUGGCAUCGUCGAGCGUUUGCUCGACGAAAAGUGGAAAACGUUCGCCCGGAAUCAGUUCCUGAAGCGACUGCUGAUUCUCGCUCUGCAUCUGUUCUGUCUGUCCUGCUCGGUAUAUCUGCGACCGGCGCACGUUUUCGCAGACGACGAAACCGACGGCGAUGGAAACGACGGUGAUGGCGGCGGCGGCGGCACGGCCGCGCCGGAUGCUGACGAGGAUGAGGGCAUCGACCUGACGAGCUGGUUCCGGUACGGAUUCGAAAUCGCCACCGUGAUGGGAGUGCUGAGCUACGUCGUCCUGCAGCAGGGCGAUGAGAUUAAGAAUCAAGGGCUGAUCUCGUUCAUCAAGUCACUGGGCAACGCACCGGCCAAAGCAAUCUUCCUGGUAUCCAAUCUAAUGAUCCUGGCUUGCAUUCCGUUACGGAUUAUAGGCGACACCGACACGGAAGAAGCGAUCCUGCUGUUUGCAGUGCCAGGCAGCUGGUUUCUGUUGAUGUUUUUCGCCGGCGCCAUCGGACUGACGGGACCGUUCGUAACGAUGAUCUUCUCCAUGAUCACCGGUGACAUGUUUACGUUCGGCAUCAUCUACAUGAUCAUACUGUUUGGCUUUUCCCAGGCGUUCUACUUCCUGUACAAGGGCCACCCGGAUUCGGAAGAAACUCCCUUCGGGAGUUAUUGGGGCACUUGGAUGGCACUUUUUCAGACUACCCUGGGUGAUUACGAUUACGCAGAUUUGAACCUGACCACGUACCCGAGUUUGGCAAAAACGGUGUUUAUUCUUUUUAUGAUCUUUGUACCAAUCCUGCUGCUCAACAUGUUGAUCGCCAUGAUGGGUAACACCUACGCGUAUGUUAUUGAGCAAGCGGAGAAAGAGGGCAUGAAGCAGUGGGCCAAGAUUGUGGUCAACCUCGAACGGGCGGUAAAGCAAGAAGAUGCGAAAAAAUACUUGGAGGAGUAUUCGAUUGGUCUAGGGCCCUCGGAUGAUCCUCGAUACGAGAUUCGCGGUGUUAUGGUUAUCAAAAGUAAGAGUAAAACUAGAGCCCGACAACGGAAAGGUGCGGUAAGUAAUUGGAAGAGCGUACUGCGGGUCACCUUGACCGAGCUGAAGAAACGAAACAUGACCGGAGAGGAACUACGCCGGAUUAUGUGGGGACGCUCGUCCAUCACUUCGCCAGCUAAGGUUUCUAAAAAGAAGAAGGGUUACGACGAAGACCCAUUCGCGAUUACAGCGGCCAUCGACGUGAUGUCCUUCACGCAGGACAUCGUCAUGGUCGGUACCGAUCCAACGGGUCCGAUAAUGAUUGAUCCCACAAAACCAGCAACGAUCAUGCCCCCAACUGUUGCGCCAGCGCAACCGCAACCGAUUCCGGAAAUUCCUCCCCAACCAGCCCUGGUAAAGCGUCAAUCGGUGGUCAGUGCCCCGCCCGCUUACGACGAUUUUCCGCCGAUGAAGGACUACAAAGAUCCCCUGCGUGAGUUGGUUAUCAUCUCGGAGACGGCUCCGGUGGACGAUCUGUAUGCUCAGAACUGCAAGAUGCUAGCAUUCGAUGCCUCCACACUGGAUCACGUUCACGAGAUCGAUUUGACCAGACAAAGCCAGAUCCGACAGGAGGAACAACAAAAACAACAGCAGCAACAGCAACCGCAGACUUUGGGUCAGUUGAAUCCCUUCCUGGAUUCGAAGGACGUUGUCGAUCCGGUGAAGGAGCGCGAGUUUCUCAAAACGUUGGAGGCUCUGGAAGACACGGACAGCGAAGCGGCCGAAAAGCCGGUGCUCGGCAAAAUUUCCCUGAUUCGACGGGCAAAAUCGGCCGUUUCGAGAACCACUUCUCGGAAGAAGAAAACUGACCAACAUCCGCUGUUUAUGAUUGCUUGGGAUGACAAAAAUCUGGCUCGUGCUGCGCAGGAGGACUUUGGUGCGCUGAACACGGCCUACGAGUACUCGGCGGAGGAUCUUAAGCAUGAUGUGGAUGAAGAGGCAAAGGAGGAAGGCGAAGAUGAAGGUGUUUCGGUGGAGGAGGUGCAUCGGGCUAUGGAACAGUUUCAUCAGAGGGUGCGUGGAUCGCCCGAACGGGAUAGUAAUUCGACGGAAACGUCCGGUCGUAAAGUAGCAACUAAGAAGCGUCAUGGAAUGGGACGCGGGAGGAAUAAUAAGAUCUCGCCCGAUACCUCCAAUGAGAGUGUGUCGGGUAAGAAGGACAAACGGAUGAAGUCGGCACCGACCACCACUGGCGGUGGUGGUGGAGGUAACGGGAAUGGAAACCGACACCGGCAACAGAUGAUGGAACAUGAACCAGGUGAGGCUUCACCACCGGAUCCGCUUGAACCGUGGAGCACUAGGGAUAUCGUGAAUAUUAACAAGCUGCUCGAUACCGAUACGCAGGAGGAGUAA